GGGCGCAUUCGCUGGUCGACCAUGCGGUUGUGUUUGGCGUGUCUGUGGGUCCCGUGGGCUCUGUCUCCUGUGGGGUCGCGGCGCUGCCCGUCGGAACCUUCCCCCAGCGCCUCCCCCAGACUGUUUUGAUCAGCCUGGCAGCUCACUUCUCGCUGUUGUUAACGAUGACGCCGCCACCCUCGGAGUGGUUCCUGUUGAGCGCCAUGGCCGCCGCCGCACAGCCUCACCCCGGAGCGCCUGCGCGGGAGGCGUUGCCAUGGCGGGCGCCGGGCGGGGCGCGGGGCAUGCUGGGGCUUGUAGUCCCCGCGCCGGCCGCCAUGACGUCCCCCUCUCCCCUCCCUGCCCUCCGCAGCCAGCCCAGUGGGUUUUUGUCCGGAGGGAUGCUCCGGACACUGCUCACCCCCAGGACGCGUCUUCAACCGGCACCUGACGGGAGAGAGCUCUUUAAAUUACCGACUGUUGGGCUCCUGCACAGGGUGCUGGAUGCCAUGCUGGGACACCUGGGCCUGCGGGACGCACCGGCCGAGGCCCCGAUGGAGGGGACGGCCCUUGGCGCCCGGGUGGCCUCGCUGGCUGCGGAGCUGCAGCAGCUGAGAGAGAGAGUGGAAGCCAACGAGAGCAGCAUUUCCAAGGCCGUGGCUCUGUCCCAGGAUGUGCUCACGCAGAUCAGCGGGAUACAGGCGGCGCAGUCCCGCAUGGGCGAGGAGAUCCGGGCGCUGCAGGAGAACGUUCAAAGUGCUGCCAGCUCUCUCAGAGGCAUCCACGACCAGAUAACAGCUUUGACCAGCGAUCUGGAAAGGCUGAAGGAAGUGUUGAGCCUCUAUCCGAGGCCGGACAAGGUGAAGGACAUGGUGCAGUGGAAGGCACUGGACGACUGCCUAGUGGGCAGCACGACAAGAGGAGGAGGAGGCCAAGAGGUGGAGAGCGCUGGGAGCCGGUCUGCCCCGGCCAAGUCCCCCGCUCUGGAUAAGAUGCAGGAAGCACCAGUGACUGCUGAGAGGAGGGCAGGUUCUCCCUCAGGGCAGACCAACAUCAGUGCCACGUCCUCAGCCUCCAGCAGCAUCCCCGAGCACUACACAGAGGCGGAGAAGGCUCUGCGCCAGCUGGGGCAGCUCAGACACCUCUCUGCUGCGCUGCAGUCCAAGCUGGACCGUGGGGACCUGGAGCUCCAACCAGGGAUGGAGGAGAAUGCCGCCGCGGGCAUGAGCAAGCACAUCGUGACCAUCCCCUCCGGGACGCCGGUGCCCCCUGGCCCCCGCAGGCAUCCCAGUACUACCCCCGAGCCCGAGCACACACAGCAGCACGGCCGCAGGGAGCCGGCGGCCGAGCACAGGUACCCCCGUGUGCCGCGGCAGUGCGGCGGCCGACACACCGUCACCCAGUCGCUGCACCCCCCCACAACUGCCCCGGCUGCAGCGCCGCGCCCCAUGGAACACCGAGGACGAGGUGCUGCUGGUGGGCACCGACGGCCGCGUCUACAGGGGCCGGCUGGACGCGCAGCCACCCGCGGGCACGCAGGGCACGGCCAGGGCACACGUGGGCAGGGACGCGGCCACGCAGCCCCUGAGGCAGCAGCACAGCUGGGACAGCGGACGGCUGCUCUCCCGGCCCCAGAACUACGUCUCCUCGCUCUGUGUGACAGGCACUGGCAUGUCACCAGAGCACAGGCUGACUUCAUCCCAUGGCCAGCAGACCCGGGCACAGCGGCUCCUUCCAGAGCUCCACACCUCUUUGGAGAGACCCAGCACGCCGGUGUCUGA